AUGGCCACUAUCGUAUUCUCUCUUUACGCACCCGUAUACACAGGCAACCAUCAUGAUUACCUCCACUAUGACAUGCACGAAUGUUCCUGGAAUACCACACAAUGUCAGCACCAACAAAUACAAACACUCAUCUUGCCUCCAAUUCUUGCAUCUGGUUCUGGAACUGGAACCAUGCCACCCGAAGUCGCUCUACUCACAAGUCUACAAGCCAUACAAUUCCAAUCAUCGCAAGGAGACACUACCAGUACUACUGGUGCUGGUACCAGUACCACCAUAUUGUGCAAUCUGAUUCCCCACUCACUCGCCAUGAGGAAUCUGCCAAAUUUACAAACUCUUCGACUGUCACUCCAAGAAGACAGUAGUAAUCCACAAUCAUCCAGAAUAUCGGGGACACUCCCCAUUCACCAAAUGCUUCCGGCGUGGCACACGCUGCAAUCCAUCCAACUGCCAAACAAUGACCUGCAAGGCGAUAUUCCAACCACGGUCGGCCUCUUGAACCAUCUCGUCUCGCUGAAUCUAAAGGACAACCACAUGGCAGGCACCAUUCCCAGUGAACUCGGAUUGCUCCGUCACUUGGAAUCGCUCGAUCUCCGGUCCAAUCACUUGGUUGGAACCGUCCCAACUUCCCUGGGGCUAUUGACCCGUCUCACCAAACUCCAUCUCGGCGGGAAUACUGGACUCGUAGCAAUGACGACAAAGACGAUGACAGACACUUUCCCUAGAGAGAUUUGUGAUUUGCCACUCUUGGAGGAAAUGGACUGUCUCGCGGGAGUUUGUCCCUGUCCAGGGACCAAGAUACGCUGUACAUGCUAG